CAAUCAUCAAGAUAAGUAACAUCACACUUGAAAGAUAGUAAGAUGAAGACAAAUCAAAUUAAGUAAAAUAUCUUUAGUUGAACAGGUUUAAUUGUAAAGUGAAUCUUGCCAAAACAAUCAAUACCAAUAACAUUGCCAAUAUGUCAAGAUUACGAAGAGUUACCCCAGUGCCUAGUGACAUUGAUAUUGUCAAAGCCCAUUCAUGUUUACCAAUCGGUGAAAUUGCCAGUAAAAUUGGUUUAACUGCCAGUGACCUAGAAUAUUAUGGACCCUUUAUGGCUAAAUUAAACACCAAAAUUCCAGCCAGCUUGGAACCAAAGGAACGAGGGAAAUAUGUAGUUGUCUGUGGAAUCACUCCUACACCACUUGGUGAAGGGAAAAGUACAACAACCAUUGGUCUGGCUCAGGCAAUGGGUGCUUGGUUGAAUAGGAAAUGUAUUGCUUGUAUUAGACAGCCAAGUCAAGGUCCAACUUUUGGUAUCAAAGGAGGAGCAGCUGGUGGUGGCUAUUCGCAGGUUAUUCCUAUGGAGAGUUUCAAUCUUCACUUCACAGGCGAUAUCCAUGCAAUAUCUGCUGCUCAUAAUCUGAUAGCUGCAGCUAUCGAUGCUAGAGGACUUCAUGAGGCGACUCAAUCUGAUAAAGCUUUAUUUAAUCGCUUGGUACCAAAAAAGCCUGGUAAACCAAGAGUUUUCAGUCCAAUUCAGAAAUUGCGCCUUAAAAAGCUUGGAAUUGAUGUUAACAUUGAUCCAGAAAAGUUGACGGAUGAACAGAAACGAUCUUUUGCUCGACUCAAUAUCAAUAUGGAAACAAUAAACUGGAAUCGUGUUGUCGAUCUUAAUGAUAGAUUCUUGAGAAAAGUCAAAAUUGGAUUGUCACCAUCAGAACAAGGGUUUAGUAGAGAGACGCAAUAUGAUAUUACAGUUGCUAGUGAGUUGAUGGCAAUCCUUUCAUUGGCCAAUAAUCUUAAAGAAGCGCGAGAACGUAUUGGUAAUGUUGUUAUUGGUAAUGCUAAAGAUGAAAAACAAACACCUAUAACUUGUGAAGAUUUAGGUGUUGCUGGUGCUGCAACGGUUCUAGUCAAAGAUGCUUUGAAGCCAACCUUAAUUCAGACUCUGGAAGGAACACCUGUUUUAGUUCACUGCGGUCCUUUUGCCAAUAUUGCUCAUGGUAGCUCAUCAGUUAUCGCUGAUAAAAUUGCUCUUAAACUUGUUGGACCCGAUGGAUUUGUUGUUACUGAAGCUGGAUUUGGAGCUGAUAUUGGACUUGAGAAAUUCGUUGAUAUUAAGUGUCGAAGCUCUGGUUUAUUGCCUGAUUGUGUAGUAAUUGUGGCAACUGUGCGAGCUCUCAAAACACAUGGUAAUGGGCCACCUAUUACACCAGGAGCAACUGUCCCUGCUGAAUAUUUACAAGAGAAUAUGGAACUUCUUGAGAAAGGAACUGUUAAUCUUGAAACGCAUAUUCGUAAUAUUAGACGGUUCAAUCUUCCUGUGGUCGUCGCUAUCAACAAAUUUUCAACAGAUACUCUAAAAGAGCUUGAUUUCGUCCGAGAAAAAGCUAUUGCAGCUGGUGCAUCUGAUGCUCAAAUUGCAAAUCAUUGGGAACUUGGUGGUGAAGGUGCUCUUGAUUUAGCUAAAAGUUUGAUCAAAGUCUGUGACCAAUCUGAAUCAAAUUCACGAUUUCUCUAUGAUUUAAACCUUACAAUCAAGGAGAAAAUCGAAAUCAUUGCUAAGCAAAUUUAUGGUGCUGGAUCGAUAAAGUACUCUGAAAAGGCUGAAGAGAAGAUAAAGCUUUACGAACAAUCUGGUUAUAGCUCAAUGCCAAUUUGUAUCGCUAAAACUCAACUUUCGCUGUCACAUGAUCCAACCCUCAAAGGAGCUCCUUCUGGUUUUGAAUUUCCCAUUAUUGAUGUUCGUAUUUCUGUUGGUGCUGGAUUCAUUUUUCCAAUGGCUGGCGAAAUACUAACAAUGCCCGGAUUACCCACUCGUCCUGCCUUUUAUGAUAUCGACAUAAACACUGAAACUGGAGAGAUCCAUGGAUUGUUUUAAAUGAAAUGACGAAUUUGAAGCCAAAAAUUAUCUGAAAGACCAUGAAACUUAUCAAUGAUUUUUUCAAAGCAAUCGUUAGUAAUAUAAAGAUUUCCGUAGAGCUUAAAUAUUUGAUGAGAAGAUUAAAUCUUUGCUAACUUUGAGAUGUGAAUAAAUACUGUAGGCUGCUCCCAAUUUAUAAUCAAUUAAUAAAUUUGAUUGUCAAAUUUUU